CUGCGCUGCGGUGCGGUCUCUCCUCCACCUGACGUCGGGCGGGCGCACGCGCACGCGCCCGCGAAGAAGACGAACUGCAACUGCGGCGGGCGCGCGUAUACCGAGAUGCUGGCUGCGUGAUGUCGGACAACAUGGCCGCGAGCUUCUGUCUAGCGGUGCGGACAAGGGGGACCUAAACCCGCUCGCCGACCGACCUAAUAGCUAACCCCGUAGACAAAGCGGGACACAAAGCAUGUCCCAGUCCGGGAAUGUGCUUCAUCUGCACGCGGAGGUCGGGUCCGCCUCCGAUUGCGGCGGAGGCCGCAAAACAUCGGGGGAACGCGAAGGCGGUCUUCUUCCGGACCCCUCGGGACUCGAAGACGACGCUCGGGACCUUCCGUCCCGGCCGAGCGGCCGGAUCCCCGCCGAGACCUCCGGUCACAAUCUUCUCUCACGGUUUCCUUCCCCGGCCUCCGGAAGAUCUACGUUCGGUCAAACGCGGGGUUCUCCCGGGGUACCCGAGCGCCAGAAUACGCCGUCUGACGCCGAAACCUCCGCCGAGGAUAAGCGAUUUGACGGCAAACGCUCCGUGGUCUCCUUCAGUUAUGUGCAGAAGUCAAAGGUUAAGGCCUUACGCGGCGGUGAAAUGUCUGAACUGGGCCGCAAAAGACUCCGCGACCCCCUUUGGUGCGGCGGUCCCUCGUCUUUGCGCGGCACCGGUUCCAGAGUGACGUUCCGAGCCGCCGUGGCUCCGAGAGCCCCGGACGAUCUCCGUUACUCGGGAUCGCCGUUAUCCAGAACGGAGCGCUCGGAUUGGUCCGGGACCCGCCGUCGGUCCCGAUCCGGCUCUCCCGUGCGCUUAAUGCGCGGGUGUCUUCGGAGUCCGGCUUUAGACCGGCGGUCCGCGAGCCCGGCGCGCCGCUCCCGGAGAGUCGAGGUCACGGCAGGCUUAAAUCAGUUGAGCGGCGUCAGCGAACCCUCGGCGGGCCGCCCGAUCCGUUCCGCAAAAUCAGGACCCGCGACUCCGCAGAAAAUCCUGAAGAUGAACAUCCCGGUCCGGGUGGUCGGCUCGGAUCGGACCCCUCCCGUCGAGAGACCCCUACAUCGGUCCGUUCGGCCGCCGACCUCCGCGUCGCCGGCUCGCUCGCCGCGCCUCCGGGUCCGCCGCCCCUCUCGCCCUCCUACCGAUUUCGACUCCCCCGUCCGGGACUCCUGGCCGUCCCCGGCCGAGCUCCAACCGCCCAACUGUGCCGGCGAGAACCGGAGGGACCCGGGGUGUCGAGAAGACGCCGACGCCGCCCGCAAAAUUUUGCUCGGUUCUAGGUCGGAGGAGGCCCCCGAUCCGGGGCGGCUUAGUAGCCCGUCGCCGGAAACGGAGCCGACUCGCGACCGGUCCGGAUCUCUGAGCCCCGCGACGCGACGGAAGCGAGCGGAGAGGAGAAGGAGAGAGCGCCUCCUGCUCGGACCCGUGGUACCGGACUCGCCGGACGAAGAGAGGGACCGCUCGUGGGAGGUCCCGGGAGGAUCUUCGCCGAGCUCCAGCGGGGUGACGGGCAGUUCGGGGGACCGCCUUUCCCCCGAGUCCCUUCGAUCGAGCCGCCGGGGCGACGACAGCGGGGCCUCCACGUCUGGAAUACAGACGGACAGCGCGGCGCCCGUCCUGUCGCUGCACUGCCAGAAGAUCGCUCGGGCCAAGUGGGAGUUUCUCUUCGGACCCCCCGAGGAUGUGCUGAACUCGGCGGAAGGCUCUACGGCACCGCCGAGCGGAAACUCCAGCGAGUCGCCCCCCUCCUCCCUGCCGCUCGCUCCCAGUCAGCACGUGCGACACGUGGAGGUGGAAUCGGCGAGCCCGCGGUCGCCCGAAACGGGCGUCGUCCGCCGAACCCUAAAGUACUCGGAAACCGACCUGGACGCCGUGCCCUUGCGCUGCUACCGCGAGACGGACAUCGACGAGCUGCCGACGGACGACCCGGAUUCCGCCUUCGGGAGCAACAGGAGCCUCUGCGAGGGGAGUCCUCCCGCCUUCCGUUCCGCGGCCGGGAAGGGCCACCCGGAUGAAGAAGAGCGGGAGCAAGUAGAGGCGGCGAACCGGGCCGGCGUCAGGAUGCAAGGAAACGACAGGAACGCGGCGCGGGAACCGGAAGGAGGUUUCCCGGGCAUAAGGAGGGCGUCAGAAUGUUUCUUGGACGCCCGCCACCCGGCUCUCAAGUCACCGGUCUCGCUGUCGGGUCCAGGCCGCGCCGCCGAGGACACGUUCAGCCGCCAUUUUGAGAACAUCGUGGAGUCCGCGCGCGCCAAGGGGACGUCCUACGACAGCCUGGACGCGGACGGUCCGGCCCCCCCGGAAAGGCCCGCCCCGUCCGACGCGACGGCGGCGGCCGACUCCGAUGCCGCGCGGGUGCUGUCUGGCGAGAGGCCGGGCGGCGGCUCAGAGGGGGAGACCCCCGAGAGGCGGGAGACCGACGGACGGCGGCCGGCGGACGCGGCGGCCGCUAAACGCUUGGCCCGCCGCCUGCGGGACCUGGACGGCUUCCGCAAGACGGACGUGGCGCCGCGGCUCGGCAAGAACGACGACUUUAGCCGCCUGGUGGCCGACGAAUACCUCAGACUCUUCGACUUCUCGCGCGUCGGUCUGGACCGAGCUCUCAGGAUGUUCGCAAAGGAGGUGGCCAUCUCGGGCGAGAGUGACGAGCGAGAGAGGUUGCUCUCCCACUUCUCUCGGCGUUAUUUUCUGUGCAACUCCUCGCUUUUCUCCUCAGAGGAUGCCCUUCACACGCUGACGUGCGCGCUGGUGCUGCUCAACGCCGACCUGCACGGCUCGAAUGUGGGCGAGAAGACGUCGUGGCCGCAGUUCGUCCGCAACUUGGACGGACUCAACGACGGACGACGCUUCCCCAAACGUCUGCUCAAGGCGCUGUACAAUUCCAUCAAGAAUCAGAAGCUACAGUGGACGCUGGACGAAGAGGAACUGAGGAAGUCCUUCUCAGAACUCGGGGACAGCCUGUCCGACUCGUCCAGACCGGUCAAGGCGGCGGCGGCGGGCGGCUCCGGCGACGACGGAACGGCGGACGAGCCGGCGUCUCGCGGGACGGCGCUCUACAAGAACGGCUUCCUGGUGCGCAAAGUGCACGCCGACUGCGACGGAAAAAGAACGCCGAGAGGCAAGCGAGGCUGGAAGACCUUCUACGCCAUCUUGAAGGGUCUCAUCCUCUACCUGCAAAAGGCGAGUCCCUCCCACAAUAGUGUUUCAUUUAAGGCGGAUUCCGGCGCUAACGGCGGGCGCCGACACCGCGCGCAGGGCGAGUACCGCGCCGACAAGCCGCUGACAGAUGACGACCUGAAGAACGCCGUGUCCAUCCAUCACUCGCUGGCCAUCCAAGCGUCCGACUACAGCAAACGCGCCAACGUCUUCUACUUGCGCACCGCCGACUGGAGGCUCUUCCUUUUCCAGGCCCCCACGGCAGAACAGAUGCACUCGUGGAUCGCUCGCAUCAACACGGUGGCGGCCACCUUCUCGGCGCCGCCCUUCCCGCCCGCCGCCGGCUCCCGCGAGAAGUUUAGCAGGCCGCCGCUGCCGGGCAACGUGUCCAAACUCUCUCAGGACGAGCAGGCGCGCUCGCACGAGGCCCGUUUGCGGGCCGUGUCCUCGGAAUUGGCCGAACUGGAUUCUUGUCCGCCGGAUCGCAAACUCAAAGCCCGACAGUUGGACGACUUCCGGCGGAGGGACCAGCAUUUGCGCUUCGAGAAGACGCGCUACGAGACGUACGUGGCCCUGCUUCGGGCCAAGACGGAGGGCGGCGGCGAUGGCGGCGGCGAUGGCGGCGGCGAGGCCUCAGAGGAGGACGAGGCCGCUCUGAGCAGGACGCGCUCCAGCCCCACCCUGCUGGACGAAGGCCGGGCCGGAGAGGGCAAAGUUCGCCAGGACGUCCAGAGACACAGCUACAGACAAGCCGUCAAGAAGUGAGGGCGGUCGGGGCCUGCUGGGCUUUUACUUGGCUUUUCCCAGGACGCCCGGGAGGGGCGGAACGGCCGGGGACGGGCGCGCCCCUAUCGGCGGCCUUCGCGCCGCCCGUCAGGAACUGGAGGGAACGUGCCCCGAAGGCCGGACGCGCUACUUCUACUUUCCUUCUUUUUGCUGUCUAUGUAUUAUCCUUUUUCCGUUCUUUUCCUUCCUUUCCAACAUCUUUCCCGCGUUGUUCGUCGCUUCCUGUACAGAGACCGGAAUGCGCACCUCUUCUUUUCCCCUUUCGCUCGUCUCUUCUCCUUCCCUCAAGUAUUAGGGCCAUGUGAAGAAAGACAAAAAUGAGGCGACCGGAAUAAAAACAUCCUAUUACAACAUAAAAGUCAUACGAUUACCAGAAAAAAAUUUGUAUUCCAAGAAUAAAGUCGUUUUAUUACCUAUUUUUAAUCAGUGCAGCUAAAUAAUACCUAAAGUACACGUCAAACUAGGCGAGGUACGUAUUUUACCUUGGCCGAGGGCUACCACAAAGUACUGUAAAUCCUGACAUUGAUGAUAGAUGAAGGAUAAAAUAGCAUUUGCUCACAUGGUUGUUCACUUGACCAGAGGUGGCAAAGUGCUACUUAAAGUGGGCAAAUGAUUCCACAAAGGGUGCGAGAGGACACCUUUUCCCCAAUCUGGUGUUUUACGAGUCAGGUGCUUCUCGUUUUCCCUCAUUGGUAAAACUGCAACAAAGAUCAGGAUCCUUGAGAAGCACUUUGCCCACCCCUGACAUAGUAGCUGAAUUAUGUAUUGCGUGCAGAUAGACGUAUUAUUAGGUCAAAAAUCUAUAUUUAUUCUCAUAAUAUUACGAGAUUAAAGUCUUUUUUUUUUUUUUUUCUUUGUACGGCCUAAAUAAUUCUCCCUUCCUUUAUUCAUAUCCCCUCAUCGUCUUUUCCUUCACCUGUUAUGUUGUCGACCACCCAGCGGGAAGACGGCGCCGGAACCUUCUUUUUGCCGGUCGGCGGCCCCGCGGGACGCCUGUCGAUCGUCCUCAUUAGAUUGAUUGACAGCGUGACAACUCGGAGCAGAGCCCGCCUUCUCGCGACCGGAAUGUAUUUGACCUAGGAACUGUUCUUCGCUUUCAAAUAACCGCAUUUAUUUCAGUGCACGCUCACACGAGCGUCUGUGUCUUUUGCAUAAAUGUGCGGCUGUGUGUGAGCUGUGUGCAAGUGUUUCUUGUUCUUUAGGCAAACGCGCGGAUGUGUGUGUAUUUGGCAUUCCGAGAUGGAGCCCAAAAGACAGGUGUCAAGUGAGGUUUCCUGAAGCCACCCCCCCUUUGACGAUGGACUCGAGUCAGAUGCGGGACCGCGGUUACCAUGCGCACGGUGAGGUUACCGUGGUAACCGCAGUUCGGCUCGGAUCCCUUGGCGGCGAGCGGGCGGAAAAGACGCGUGACUUUGGUGGUCGCCAUGGCAAUGCUCGCGUCCUCCAAUGGAACGCGAUUGUUGUAAAUAAAGCAUGUUGUUUUGUUCCAUGACAUUUGGAUGCGCCAGCCCGUGUCAACGCUGCCGCCGCUUCUUCUGCUUGUUUGCCAACAUUUUCACCAAGUUGAAUUAAAAAAAAAGUUUUGGAAAUAAAGAAAAUUCAUUUGUUCUUCAUUCUGAGUGGAAACAAUCAUCACCCGGAAAGAAGUCCCUCGAAAACACUCUGACGGCUAUUAACAGCAACAGAAAAUGCCAUUUGUAGAGAGAUGGCGUGGGGACGCUCGCGUCCCGUAGAUUUUGCUCUUUAUUUUCAGGUCACUUCCUUGUUAACUCAUUGGAGACCAUUGACAGCGCUCGACGUCCAAUCCAUUCUGCAUCCUCCCGGUCCACGUGAUAGAAACGAGAAAUGAAUCUUCUCCGGUUUCCUGAUUAAAAAUGGCUCAUUCAAUCACGGAAAACGAGCCUUAAUUCGAUAAGUAAUGUGAUUAUAAUAAUAUCAUUUCCAUCAACAAAAGUCGGAAAGCGUUUGUCGAGCCUUUUGCUCAGCAGGUUGACCGACAGAAGCUUCUCUCUCGACUGUAAAAAAAGCAGCCGAAAGGUGUAUGGGGGAGCUUCUUUGUAAACUUGUGUUCAAAUCAUUCACCAAACGUUAUACCGUACUGCACGUAACACGUCACCUUUGCUCAUUAAUAUUCAUGAUGUUAGCAACUGUUGCUUGGGGGGGGUCAAACUCGCGUGUAUCCCUCAUGCUAGAUGCAUGUAAACAGUGUACAAACAUGAUGUUUACUGAGCUAAACCU